AUGGUUGCAGGCUUUAACAAUAAAGAGCCCGCUUCCACCGACUUUUCAACCGACAAUAUGAGCACAGUUAAUGAAUCCCGUACCGAAGAGUCCGACCUCAAAAAGGUCGACCGAAACCAAACAACCAACCGGUUAGCCCAUGCGCAGAACAUGAGCCAAGAAGAGUACCUCGCAGCCGAGAAGUCGCUAAAAUGGAAGCUUGAUUGCCGCCUCUUAUCCAUGCUAUGGCUAAUUUUUAUUCUUAACUACUUGGAUCGCGUGAGUAAAACUGACUGGCUCGCGUGGGAGAAUAUUUUGACUGAGAAUCUUCAGAAAAACAUAGCUGCAGCCAAAGUUGCGGGUAUGCAAAAGGAUCUCGGCCUCAGCUCAACCCAGUAUGCAACCGCGAUUGCCCUGCUUUUUGUGGGCUACAUUCUGAUGCAACUCCCCUCAAACGUCUACCUCGCACAGGUCAGACCGAGCCUAUAUCUACCAACUGUAAUGAUGAUCUGGGGAGUUAUAUCUACUCUCACCGGUAUUUGUAACAGCGCAAGCAGUCUAUACGCCACGCGUUUCUUCUUGGGUAUAGUUGAAGCAGCAUAUUAUCCCGGUGCCCUGUUUCUGCUUUCUUCAUGGUAUCGCCGGUCUGAGCUAGGUUUCCGCGGAGCUCUGCUUUUCUCUGGCUCUCAAAUUGGAUCUGCCUUUUCCGGCCUUAUUGGAGCUGGUAUUCAAGGAGGCAUGGAUGGUGUUCGCGGUCAAUCUAACCCAAAGUAUUAUUUCAGAGGCGCAAUUACCGUCUUCGUCGCAUCCUGCGCAUACUUCGUUCUACCUGACUGGCCGUCAACUACUAAAUGGCUUUCACCAACCGAGCGGGCUGUUGCCGAAUGGCGCCUGAUUCAGGAUGCCGGCCAGGUCGAUGAAGAUGAAGAUGAGUCCUGGUCGUACGGAUUUGGGCUCUGUUUCAAAGAUUGGCGCAUUUAUAUCUUUGCUCUUAUGCUUUUAUGCGUGCAAGUCUCUUCCGCUACAUCAAAUUUCUUUCCAUCCGUGGUGGAAACUCUUGGCUUUGGCAAGGUCCAAACUUUGUUACUCACUGUGCCCCCUUACAUGGUAACCCUGGCAGUCUCGGUUUUAAAUAACUAUUCGGCAGACCGUCUGCAGAACUCAAGCUUUCACGUUGUAUGGCCUCUAGCUAUGGCCAUUGUCGGAUAUAUCAUCGCUGCGACAACCACCGGGGUUGGCCCCAGAUAUUUCGCCAUGAUCAUCAUGGUAGGUUUCGAGAUUCCCUUAAUGUUUCUUUCGAUUCAACCCUCGCUUCUGAUCAUUGUCUGUUUCCUUCCAUACCCAGCGCUAAUCCAAAGCACUAUUCAGCUUGCUGGCGCAUAUGGCUCCAAUGCAGUCCUCGUCGCGUGGACGCAGAAAACUAUGCUUCGUCCCCGUAUCAAGCGUGCCAGUGCCGUUGCAUUUGUCAAUGCUUUUGGUAACAUCGCCCAAGUGUUUAGCUCCUAUCUUUACCCUGACGAAAGUGCACCAAGAUACGUCAUUGCAAUGGCCACAAACAGUGGCUUCGCCCUUCUAGCCAUUUUGCUUGCUCUUUUCAUGCGUAUGGUGCUUUUAAAUUCAAAUAGGAAGCUUGCAGCAGGUGAUUCAGCCGUCCAUGAGGUCAUGGUCGGAGAAGCACGCGCAGAAAUUCAAGGCAUUACUGAAGAAGAGCGUCGCAAUAGGAAGGAAGCCUUUCGCUAUAUUGCAUAA